GGGAUUCAGGCGUAGGCUGCCCACGCGGCCCAACCCACCCGCGCGCGCAUCUCCGCUCCACGCUGCGUAACCAACUCCUCAGCUAGGAUGGACUGGUAGCAGAUAGGAGGCAUGGGUAGAUGUUCCGUCUUUAAUUGACUGAAGGCGCAGAUGAGGACCACUUAAAGCGACUUCUUUGACUCCAGUCCGUGAUUCUUUUUUUAAGGACCAACUGCUUUUAUUUUUAUUACUUACGAGCAAAGGGAAGACACGCACUGUGUGGAGAGAAAGGGGAGAAAGAAAGAAAGAAAGGAACAGGGAAGGUCCAGGUUGCUGAGAAAGGCUGGGUGCGCUAGAACGUCGGAAAGUCACGGAUCAUGCUUAUGGGAACUCCCGAUUCCGUCUUGAUAAGAGUGGCUCUGCCUGAUGCUCUAUCAUGACUGAUGGCGAAGGGAGAGUGCGCUUUCAGUACGAAGCGUGCCAGGAGCAGGGCGAGGUACAGGAGGACGUGAGGCUUUCUGUAUCGGCGGGCCACAGGACCGACGCCCCAGAUCACAAUGGUGACCCAGAAGGACAAAGAGGAGGAGGAGGCCGGGAAGAGGAGCAGAAGCAGCAGGAGGAAGAGAAGGACGAGGCGGUGGAGAAGAAGAGGAGAGGGAGCUGUGGCGGUCGAGGAGAAAGGAGAGACGAGUGGAGCGUCGAAGUUCAGGAAUGUGAGGAGGAGCAGGAGCCAGAGCUGGAAAUGGAAGCUGGGCCUACGCUGGGAGUCCACAUCACAGCUCCAAUCCGCGACCCAGACUGCGUGUCCGAGGAGGAGGAGCAGCAGCCGUAUCCGGCCCUGGCUCCUGUGGCCUUCUUCUGCCUGAAGCAAACAACAAGGCCCCGCAACUGGUGUCUUCGCAUGGUCUGUAACCCGUGGUUCGAGCACGUGUCCAUGCUGGUGAUCCUGUUAAACUGUGUGACUCUGGGGAUGUUUCAGCCCUGCGAGGAUGUUAACUGCCAGUCAGAGUGGUGCCGCAUCCUACAGGUGUUGGACGAUUGCAUCUUUGCCUUCUUUGCGGUGGAGAUGGUCAUCAAGAUGGUGGCCCUUGGAAUUUUUGGCCCCAAUUGUUACCUCGGCGACAAGUGGAACCAGCUCGACUUUGUUAUUGUCAUGGCAGGGGUGAUGGAGUAUUCUCUGGAUGGUCACAAUGCCAGUCUGUCAGCCAUUCGUACUGUUCGAGUGCUUAGACCACUGCGGGCGAUCAACAGAGUACCAAGUAUGAGGAUCUUGGUGACGCUGCUUCUGGACACCUUACCCAUGCUGGGAAAUGUGCUCCUUCUCUGCUUCUUUGUCUUUUUUAUCUUCGGCAUUGUGGGAGUCCAGCUGUGGGCCGGACUGCUGCGUAACCGCUGCUUCCUGGGAGAAGACAUAAUAUCACUUUACAACCAGUCCAUUCAUUCUUACUACAUGUCGGAGGAAGGUGAAGACAGCCCGUUCAUCUGCUCAGCUCCCCGAGAGAACGGGAUGCUGCGCUGCCGUGACGUGCCGCCCUUCACCCAGGGAGGAGAGGAUUGCUCACUUCCUGCUCCCCACCAAAGUUCUGCUCUGAUUGGUUCACCACCUGGAGUGGGCGGGUCAAGCAAUAGCAACUGUGUUAACUGGAACCAGUAUUACAACGUCUGCCGUCCCGGGGAACACAACCCCCACAAGGGAGCAGUUAACUUUGACAACAUUGGCUAUGCUUGGAUAGCCAUAUUCCAGGUCAUCACACUGGAAGGAUGGGUGGACAUCAUGUAUUAUGUCAUGGAUGCCCACUCCUUCUACAAUUUUAUAUAUUUUAUACUGCUCAUUAUUGUGGGCUCUUUCUUCAUGAUCAAUUUGUGCCUCGUGGUCAUCGCCACCCAGUUUUCUGAGACAAAGCAAAGAGAAAACGCCCUGAUGAGGGAGCAGCGUGCUCGCUACAUGUCGAAUGACUCAACUCUGGCCAGUUACAGUGAGCCAGGCUCGUGCUAUGAGGAGAUGCUACGAUAUAUUAGUCAUCUAUACAGGAAGUUCAGGCGCAGGCUGCAGAGAAUGUACUAUGGAUGGCACAGCAAACGACGCAAAAAGGUGAACCCUAAUGGCAGUGGGAUUGGCAGCAACAGUGGUGGAAAUGGACAUGGCCAAGGUUCCAGCAGGGGAUCGGGACCUGGCACUGCACUGUGGCUGAGGCCAAUUCAUAACCUCCUGCAGCACCAUCAGCACCAACACUGUCACCUCAGCAACGGUGGGCAGCACACAGUGAACGCUACAAUUGCUGAGCACAUGGACCAGGAAGGCCACGCUGAAGGAGUGGAAGUGCUGGAGAUGAAGACCCUUUCUGUUCCGAGGGGAAGUACAAACGGAAGCGGCGGCGAGAAUCCUGCCGUCGUCUCUCAGGGAAUGGGAGCACUGCUCGGGCGACUGAAUGGGGGCAUGAAUUAUCCCACCAUUCUGCCAUCUUUUGUGUGCAGCUACAGCAGUAAAACACCACCUCCCCACUCGAAGCAUGUAUGUCCGGAGCAACACCCAAUGAACCACCCGGCGUCUGAGCACACCGAGCCGUUGAACAAGCUUUACCAGCUCAUGGGGCAGCACAGUUGCCAAAGGCUGUUGAUCCAACUGGCAGGCGUCGUGCCCAGCCCUCUGCUUUUGGAGCUACUUAGCUGCCCUCUGUGUGCCCGCAGCCUUGAGACCCUGGAACUGGAACUAGGAGACCUGGAGGGGGGCAAAGGAGAGGCUGAUGGAAUCCGUGACUUUCAGCAGGGGGGCGAUCUACGAGGAUUCAGAAGUCUGUUCCGACGGCGGGGGGUUGUUGCGUGCAGAAACGGAGCUGUCCAGGCCUGGAUAAACUUCAGGGAAAAAUUGAGAAGAAUAGUGGAAAGUAAAUACUUCAACCGGGGGAUUAUGAUCGCCAUCCUCGUCAAUACCCUCAGCAUGGGAAUAGAGUACCAUGAACAACCCAAUGAAUUGACUGAUGUGUUGGAGAUUAGCAACAUUGUUUUCACCAGCAUGUUUGUGCUGGAGAUGGGCUUCAUGCUGCUGGCUUUUGGGUUGUUUGGAUACAUCAGAAACCCUUACAACAUCUUUGACAGCAUCAUCGUCAUCAUAAGUGUGUGGGAAAUAAUAGGUCAAGCGGAUGGAGGGUUGUCGGUCCUGCGGACAUUUCGCCUGCUGCGAGUCCUGAAGCUCGUACGGUUUCUACCUGCCCUGAGGAGGCAGCUGGUGGUGCUGAUGAAGACCAUGGACAAUGUGGCCACCUUCUGCAUGCUGCUGAUGCUUUUCAUCUUCACUUUCAGUAUACUUGGCAUGCAUCUGUUCGGAUGUAAAUUCAGUCAAAGAAUGGAGAACGGAGACACCAUUCCUGAUCGCAAAAACUUUGACUCGCUUCUCUGGGCCAUUGUCACUGUAUUCCAGAUCCUUACCCAGGAGGACUGGAACGUGGUGCUGUACAACGGCAUGGCUUCUACCUCUCCAUGGGCGGCUCUCUACUUUGUUGCUCUCAUGACGUUUGGCAAUUAUGUGCUCUUCAAUUUAUUGGUCGCCAUCUUGGUCGAAGGCUUCCAGGCUGAGGGUGAUGCCAAUCGAUCAGAGUCAGACGAUGAAAAGAAAUCUGACAAUUUUGAUGAGGACGACAAAGUUGAACAACUCAGAGACACAGAGCUUAAGAUGUACUCUCUGAUGAUGACAGCCAAUGGUCACAUUGACCCUCGUGGCACUAUGGCUCCUCCCAUAAUAAUGCACACAGCUGCCACUCCCAUGCCAACGCCGAAGAGCUCCCUAGGGCCUGAGUCCAUCUUAGAGGAGGAGCUCAUGUACAGAGAAGCUCAACAUGGAGAAGCUGGACUGGGUGUUUCAGAGACAGGGAGUGGCCGCGCGGAGUCUCGGCGUGGAAGCUCAGCAUCCAUGGACCCAGCAGCCUAUGACCAACAUUCUUUAACUCUCUCAAGCCCUGGACGGCGCUCACCUCUCCCUCUCCGUGGUUCCAUCAGCUCAUGGGGAAGUCGCCGCUCCAGCUGGAACAGUCUAGGGAGAGCACCGAGCCUCAAAAGGCGAGACACCAGCGGAGAGAGGGAAAGUUUACUGUCUGGAGAAGGCGGUGAGGAGGAAGAGUGCCAAGAACAACAAGAGGAAGCUGGGGUAAACAGCAGAGUAAAGCUGGAGUCCUUGGAACCGCUGCAGGCAUCUUCUCUCUGCCCUACCAUUAUAGCAGAGUAUGGCGACUGCAAUGGGAGGACCGUCACAUAUGACCCAAAUGGAAACUCGGACCCCAAAGUUGACUUCACAUCAGAUGAUGACUUAGAUGAAGAUAGUCCUUUCUUCUGCUGGGUCAGGAGGGAGCUCCACAACAUGAAGCCCCGCUGGUGUAAGGAACACGAGAGCUGGACGCUCUAUUUGUUUGCACCGGAGAGCCCAGUCCGUGUGUGGUGCCAAGCUGUGAUCACUCACAAAUUGUUCGACCAUGUGGUUCUGGUUUUCAUCUUCCUCAACUGCAUCACUAUCGCUCUGGAGAGGCCUGAUAUACUUCCUCACAGCCCGGAGCGAGUAUUUCUAAGUGUGUCCAACUAUAUUUUCACUGUGAUCUUCCUAGCAGAGAUGGCCAUCAAGGUUGUUGCUCUUGGUUUCUGCUUUGGAAAUCAAACCUACCUUCAGUCCAGUUGGAACGUUUUGGAUGGAGUGUUGGUCUUUGUGUCUCUGGUGGACAUUCUAGUUUCUCUGGCUUAUACCGGCACCAACAGGAUCCUGGGGAUUCUCAGAGUCCUUCGUCUUCUACGCACCCUUCGCCCUCUGAGGGUGAUCAGUCGCGCCCCAGGACUGAAGCUGGUCGUGGAGACACUCAUCACCUCUCUAAGACCUAUUGGGAACAUUGUAUUGAUCUGCUGCGCCUUCUUCAUUGUGUUUGGAAUCUUGGGGGUCCAGCUGUUCAAAGGGAAAUUUUACCACUGUGAGGGCCUGGACACAAAAAACGUCACAAACAAGUCCGACUGUGAACUCGCCAACUACAAGUGGAUACGAAGGAAGUACAAUUUUGACAACUUGAUUCAGGCUUUGAUGUCUCUGUUUGUGCUGUCGUGUAAGGAUGGUUGGGUCAACAUCAUGUAUGAUGGACUAGAUGCAGUCGGAGUGAAUCAACAGCCCGUGAGGAACCACAACCCCUGGAUGCUGCUCUACUUCAUCUCCUUCCUGCUCAUCGUCAGCUUCUUCGUCCUCAACAUGUUCGUCGGUGUCGUGGUGGAAAACUUCCACAAGUGCCGGCAGGACCAGGAGGAGGAGGAGGCCCGUUUACGGGAGGAGAAGAGGCUCAAAAUGAUAGAUAAAAAGCGCAGGAGUAAGGAGAAUGGAGGGGCUGAGGCCAAGCAGAGACCGUACUACGCCGACUACUCUCCUCUGCGCCUGACCAUCCACACUCUGUGCACAAGCCACUACCUGGAUCUCUUCAUCACCUUCAUCAUUUGUAUCAAUGUCUUCACAAUGAGCAUCGAGCACUACAAUCAGCCCCAGUAUUUGGAGGAGGUUCUGAAGUACUGCAACUACGUGUUCACCAUUAUCUUUGUCAUCGAGGCUCUGCUCAAACUUGUGGCCUUUGGCUUCCAUCGGUUCUUCAAAGACAGGUGGAAUCAGCUGGAUGUUGGAAUAGUUGCCUUGUCCAUUCUGGGAAUCACUCUGGAAGAGCUGAAAAUGAAAGCUGCUUUGCCAAUAAAUCCUACCAUCAUCCGAAUCAUGAGAGUACUGCGCAUUGCACGAGUCCUAAAACUUCUUAAGAUGGCAAAGGGAAUGAGAGCUCUCCUCGACACUGUCAUGCAAGCACUGCCCCAGGUGGGAAAUCUUGGUCUCCUCUUCAUGUUGCUCUUCUUCAUCUAUGCUGCCCUGGGAGUGGAACUCUUCGGCAAACUGGAAUGCAGCGACAGCAACCCGUGUGAGGGGCUGAGCCGUCACGCAACAUUUGAGAAUUUUGGGAUGGCCUUCCUCACACUGUUUCGAGUUUCCACGGGAGACAACUGGAAUGGGAUUAUGAAAGACACUUUAAGGGAUUGCCAGCCAGACGAAGUCCACUGUUUGUCUUACCUACCCUGGGUGUCUCCAAUUUACUUUGUCACCUUCGUGCUCAUGGCCCAGUUUGUUUUGGUCAAUGUGGUGGUGGCUGUUUUAAUGAAACACCUGGAGGAGAGCAACAAGGAGGCCAAAGAGGACGCAGAGAUGGAUGCAGAAAUUGCACUGGAAAUGGAAGUGGAGAGGCAACGCAGACAAAGCACCGGAUCCAACAACAGCUCAGUGGGAGGAACUUAUAUUGGGCCAUGCCCGAAUUCACCUGAAGAGGAGGAAGAACAUCAGUACAAUGACCAGAACCUGCUGUCUUCAGGCAAGAUGUCCGUAUCCAGGAUGCACUCUCUGCCAAAUGACAGCUACAUGUUUCAGCCUGUACGACCUGCUAGCGCCCCCUACCCUACAAAGGAGGUAGAUGCUAGUUCCCAGCACCAGCAUGCGGUCUCAGUGAUGUCGGUCCAAUCCCAGCCCUGCGAGAGCCGCUCUCUGCUGCAGGUUCCAGAUGCUUCCCCGCUUCAUCCCCAGUCGACUCCCACCCUCACUUUGCCCCGCAUUGCCCCACCAACACCUGGCCCCUCACCACGGGCCCUGCACAGACAGGGGGCAGUUAAAGUUGAUUCUGUGGAGUUCCAAAGCUGUGAGCAACAGGAGAGGUCCAGUUCAGCCCAUCUGCCUCCCCGAUCCCCAUCGUCACUCUCCCCGCUGCCUCCUUUUCCCCCUUCCCCCUCUGCCCUCUCCUUCCACCCAUGCACGCCAUCUCCCUCCUCUCUUCCUCCAUCACCCUCUUCCCUCCUGCCACUCCCGUCUCCUCCGUCUUUUCUCCUGCCUCCACCUCCCUCACCGCGUCUGCCCUCUCGCUCCAGCAGCCUCCGCAGGCCCAGGGCUCCGUCCGCCAUUUCCCUCUCGGACCCGGCCGACGCAGAGGUGUAUCACAUUACCAGCUCGGCUAACCACAGGUGGAGGGACGCAGAAGGAGGGGAACAGGAAAACAGACGCAAGGCAGGGCGCAGCCACUCGCUGUCCCCUUACGCCUCGCCGCACUCCCUCGAUUUGAUCCCCACGCUGCCUCCUCCGUCCAACAGGAGCACCCUUAGUCUGCACGGGGCAGGAUCAAAGGACGUCAAGAAAGACUUCAGUGUCGACCACCACGGCUUCCUGGAGAAGCCUCAAUUAGAACUGGCGGGUCACUCGGAUGACCAGCGGCGCCACUCGAUCGAGGUCUGCCUUCCGCAGGCCGUCAUAACCACCAACAGCCAAAACUUUAUGCUGGAGACCCAUCGAUCUGAAAAGGGCGCUCAGGCCUUUCCCAUGAGGGUGCAAUCAGUCGGCGGCAGGCAGAGAAAGAAGAAGACGAGCCCUCCCUGCAUCUCCAUCCACCCGCCCCCAGAGAGGGAACAGCGCCUGCUUUCCUCGCCCCCGAAACUGGCCGACUGCAGCAUGACGCUGAGACGCAGGACAUCUUCUAACGACUUCACACAGCACUCGCAAGACACACCCGCAGAAACGCAGCUCCGCGCACACAUGCAGACACCUCUAACACCGAUCCCCGCGCCGCUGCGGCCACAUUCGCCAACACACACACUGACCCCGUCGCAGGGAUCCACCCCGACUCACGCCCAGGCGCACACGCCAUCUCCUGCUCACAUUCCCAUCAGCCCAAACAUCUUCAUCCAGCCUCACGCGCCCCUCCUCCCAACCGUUAUGCCUUUCUCACAGACGGUCUCGAGGCACUCCCCACUUGCAGGAGACUGCAUCCCUCUCCCCCGAUUCACCUUCGACCAACCGCAGUCCAGGUACGUGGGCGAGCCCGAAUCCGUCGCCUGCUCUUCCCCUUUUGACAACCGACUGGGAAGCAGUCCAGGUUUCAGCGCAAAGAAUCGGAGGACCGCCCAGUGAACUCUGAGUUGCGUUCAGGAGAUGAAUUAUUCAGUUUGAAAAGUCUCUAAAGCUGGAGUAGAAACCUCCCCCAACCCUCAUCUGACCUCAGCAGUGUUUGGUGUUGGAGAAGGAAAGAGAGGUUCUUUAAUUUGUUUUUGUUUAGUUAUAAAGAAAAGACAUUGAUUCCUUCCAGGAAAACAUGGGAAUGAACUCCUCAUGAUUAAAACAGAUGGUGGGAUACAUUUUUUUCUUGCUUAAAAAAGAAAAAAAAAAAUCCGCCAAGGCUGGACAUUUCUAGUAUCACUCACUGUAGUGUGUCAAUGGCUGAUCCCCUCACCACACAACAGGACUGAAGCCACCUUACUCUGUAGCCAAAGUUUUUUUCACACACUGUCCUCACCCACGCGAGCCAAUCAGGAAGCAGCGUCUGGCUGGUGACCGCCGACCCGUUUUGUUUCCUUUUUUUCGUUGUUGUUUUCUUUUUAAAUAGGGUAGGCGGUUUGUGAAACGCGAGCGUGGGAGGGGGAACGGUGGGAUAUGCAACUUCAGGUUUUCUGCAGACGUUCUGCUCGCCCCUUCUCUGCUCCUCGAUCACAUUGAUCAGAGAGGAAAAGUGUAAAUGCUCCGUGCAAAUGCUCCGUGCUACGUGCGAGGUUUCCGUCGAGUCCAUCGUCACCGAAGUCGAACUUGCUCAUUCUCGCGACGACAGAGAGGGGGAGCACGGCAGAGCUGUAGUUUUUUCUUUUGUCCAAGUGUAAAUAAAAGGAAAAAAAAAUAAAUAAUGUAUUUGGUGAGAUUUAAAGAUAGCUCUAUCCAUAUGCACAUAUUUUUAUAGAGGUCUAUAAUGUUUUUGCACACAGAUUUGAAUUUCAAGUUGCUCGUAUUUCCUCUGUUGUCCUCUCGUGAAUGUAUGUUUCUUCUAAAAGAUCCAGCGAGAGUGGUGAAGGUGAUUGAACCUCCUCUCAAACUGCAAGUCGAGGUCGAGGGGAGGGACUUUAUUUUUCUAUUUUGACAAAGCAUCAGAGGAGAGAACUGGCGUGUGAUGUGUUUUUUUUCUGUAGUUUUGUCUCAGACUUUUGUGUACGUGGUGUCUCAAUAACAGUCUGGGGAAGCAGGCUCAGUGGUGCAAACACGUAGGUUUUUGAUGGAUCUAAACCAUGAAGAAAAAAAAUCUUGAACCUUUGAAGAAAAAAAAAAAUCUCUAGGGAAGCUUUGCACUGGUUUUUACAAGUUGAUUUCAAAAUUAGGGAUUUUUCAGCAAAUUUUAGAGGACAAAAAGCCGUACUGCGGUGUCUUCAGGAAAACACAAAUACCUAAUUUACAAGCACCUGCAAUGCCUUGUAAAACAUUUAUAUCCAUUAAACUUUUUCACAUAAGUCCAGUUUUCCGUUUGCCACAAGCCAUGUAAACAUGGAAGGAAGUGCACUGAUCGCAUCGCAUUAGCCACUUUCCCUAUGGUAAAACAAGAUGUGGUGACAUCGUGCUGUGGAGUUUUGUCUUUCAGUAUAGGGAAAAGAAAGCUGUUGGGAGUUAAUGGGAAGAUGGAUGGAGCCAAAAAUAAAAAGAAUUCCUAAAAAUAAAACUUAUUUGAGACUAAAAAUAAUUUUUAAAAAAUGCAUUCAGAGCAACAAAAGAAUAGUUUAGAUAUGCAAGCAAGAAUGGCCUAAUCAAAGUCCAUGCCUAAAUCCAACUGAGAAUAUGGGUCGAGAUUUGACAACUUAUGUUUACAAACACUUCCCAUUCAAGACUGUUUGAGCUAUUUUAUUAUGAAUGAUAAAAGAAGCUAGUAGCAAAAGACUUGCAAUGCACCGACUUAAAGUGUCUGACAAAAAAAAAAAUCGUCUUCAGUAAAUGAUUCACAUAUAAAAAGCCAUUAUAAUGCAUCGAUGUUGGUGAAUUUAAAGUGACAAAAUGUGAAAAAGUUCAAGGAGCGUGUGUACUUUUGCAAUGCAGGGAAAAUACGACGAAAUUCAAAGUGGCAUCACUGAGCCUCUCUUCUGCUGCUGUGCUUCGGCUGGAUCAGCUCUGACACCUGUGUUUCUGUACAUCUAAAGACAACCAAACUAACUUUCUAAAUAUGUGUAGCCAGAGUGCAAUAAUAAUAUAUAAAUAUAUAUAUAUAUAUAUAUAUGUGGAAAAUAUAGUGACAUCCACACUACAUAAGACAGCCACAUCCUUGUAUUCAUACAUACUGUAGAACUGUUAUAAAUAUACGAUAUAAGAUGAUUUUUUUACAUGAUGGUCGAGGGAUACUACUAUUUCUAGCGGUCAUGCUGCUGUAGGUAUGCACGGCCUCGUUAUGGCUGUGAUGGGACGGGUGUGGCUGUGGGGUUUGGUACUGCAGAUUAGUUUUUUUGGGGGGGGGGUUUCCUCCAAAAGCUCAGGCCCACCAGCCUGGGGUGUUACUGUAAGCAGAAGAGUGACAAGCAUCUCUACUGAGGACUCAAUAAGCCAUUUGUCAUUCCACCUUUUCUUUUUUCUUCCUCCUCUUUAGACUAGCAAUUCAUCUUUCACGACGGAUCAUAUUUAUUUCCCACACCAGAUAAAAUAAAGCCACAGCUUGCUGACAAACCACACAAACUGUUCUAGUGGCUGACUAUUGUCGCACAGAGCCGUACUUCUGCUCUGACACAGCACAAUAUGUAUUUUGAUCCAGUUGUUUUUCAGCUCAGUCUUCUUUGGCAUAUAUGUGCAUGAGAAGUACACUUUCGUUAUUUCAAAAGUCUAAAGACAGCUGGCUGGGACAGCGUUGUUUAUUCUAUGAUGCUUUAUUUUUAUUUUUUUUUCUCAUUGUGCUUUAUUUCGAAUGUCUUGUGGUGAUCAGCAUGAAGCAUGCACAAGUCCUCAGCGAUCUGAGAGAAAACCAAAGUGCUUUGAUGCUGAUGCUCUGAUCAAAUAAAUUAGAAAUUUAAAAAUAGCUGUUUACCAACCAAAUCAACACAUUAAAGGGUGAAUAUCAUCAUGUUUUUUUUACAACUUUUUAAAUUCAGUUAUGUUCGUGUUCAUAGCAUACUGUAGCUAUGUUUAUAUAGCUAAGUCCAAAGCUCAAGAUUUGGACAAAAAAUGCCUCUGAAAGUAAGCUGAAAAGUGAUGACGUUACAUUUUGAAAAUCCAAACUCAGCCAUCAGUUUCUAUACCAAUGGCCAGGUAACACCAAAAAUUGUGACACCAAAAUUUCAAGCUUAAAUUCAAGCUCUUAAAUUGAAUAUUUCUGUGGUGAUUUACCCAGUGAACAGGAGGAAGUCAGGUGUCCAAUGCAUUGUUCUUAGGCAUUUCUCCUGCUAGGCUGGGUGUACGGAAUGAGUUACGCAACAAUUCUAAUCGAAACCAAGACGUCUCAUACACUCUGGCAGUAUUCAAGUAGAUGUAAUGGCUGCUCUUGUUCUAACCAGUUUUGUCACUGUGGUGCCUUCUGCCGUCACUGGAAUACUUUAUGUCUGCAAGUUCUGCAAUGAAGCAAAGGAAUAGUGGAGGAAAGUUGCUGAAAUUCUCAUAUUUUGAUAAUCAGUCCAUGUUUCAUGAUUUUGAUUAUAUUUAUCUCUACUACACUUCGAAAAGAAUAGAAAUUUUUAGUCAAUAUCGCUUCUGAAAAGUCACUUUAAGCUAAUGCUAAACAUGUGGUUUUAGGAAAAGAAAGGAAGUACGAUGGACCCCCCUGCCUGUUCGCAGUUCAGUAUUUACAGAUUCAUAGAUUGAAGGAUUUCUUUCCGUGGAACGUAACUUAACAUUAUCCAUGAUAAAUGGGCCUUUUUGCGUAUUUUUCCAUAGCUCAUAUCGGAAUCAGAAUUCCUUUGAUUGUCAUUGAACUGAUGACAAUAAUGUUUUCUAAAGAAUAUAACGCUUGGAGUGCUAAAACACCUGCACGCAAUGCUACUCGACACGCUAUUGGCUGGCAUUUGCAAAGCACUCCAUCGUGACGGACCAUUUAUUUCGCUAAUUGGCUACACCGCAAAAGACAGAGAUAACCAAGUCUAUAGAUUAGUUUAAACAGUAGUGCUAAGAUGGUUUCUACUGCUAAUAUUAAUGCAUAUUAUGGCACAUUUUGUGUUUGAACUAUUAAAAUAGGUAUGCCAUUUUAGAGGGGCCUCAAGUAUUUUCAGAUUUUAGGCCUUCAAGGUUGUCCCUGACCCCCGGGAAUACUGGGUGAGCAUUAUAAUUAACAUGUAAUUCAUCGUUCACUCGGCUCCCUGAGAAGAAAAUGAGCCUCUGCUCGAGGGUGGGUAGAUGCACCGAAGGAACAUUUGGAGGGAGACGUUGACAUGAUCAACACAUUCACCCAGUGUUGCCUCAGUUUUCUGGUUCUGCAUACAGAACUUUGUGGUAUGUGCGCCUUUGCUGCAUUGCCAAAAAAAACAGUCACAAAACUGUUUGACCUGAUUGGUUUUGGAAAGUUCUUUGUUGGCGUCAAGGGGAAAAAAGUCAGUUUUCUCUAUAAAAAUUGGUGAGCUCUGCUAAUACGUAUGUUACAUCAUCUUCCACUUUUAGUAGUUGCACCUUUCAGUUUUAGAAAGGUAGAUCCAAACCAGACUGUGAAAAAUUUAUAUUUGAAACAUUUAAUAUUUAUAGGUUUUCAGACUGUAAAAUAUGAUGACAUUUUCCCUUUAAGUAAGCAGCGUCUCUGCUGGUUUGUGUUGUGAAAAUUGUGUGUGGGGGGGAACCAUUUCUUUUAACCUCUUACUUCAUGGAUAUUUAACUCAUCUGACUUCAUUUCAGAGGCUGGUGAAUUGUCUCAAAUGGGCAAUUGGAAAUCUUAGAGAGCCACCUAAGCACCAGAUCAGUAAUGAAGAUGAUUAUAGCCGUCAUAAUCACUCGGUCAUUACGUUUUUGCUCGCUCAUUAGCGUUAUCUCUCCCACGCUGUAUGCAUGUCGAGGUCAAAACGGUGAGAUAAACAUAAAUAACUAAUAAUCAUGGUGUGUCAGCCUCACGGGUCGCUGCUUAUGAGCACAGUUGAGAGCUAGUUCAUUUCUUCAUAGUGCUGUUCUUCCAGCUCUGGAGGCAGACCUGAACAUGGACUCGGCGAGAUUAUUUCUUCCUGAACAUUGCACAGUUCCUAAUUUUGCUCAUCGUUUUUUAUACAGUGUUUGCUCGUCUUGUCCCUUGUCCUCUUUCUGCACAGAUUAUCAGCAACGGGGAGGUUUCAUGUAGUACGAGGACAGCCUCUUCUCUGUCUCCCUCGUAUUUGUUGGAGCGCAGACAGCCCCGAUCUAUAAGGCAUAAUUGCCCUGUUAAUCAGUACAGUUUGAUAGAGAGACAGCUGAAUCGUUUUUAUGAUUUACAGAUCUUUGGAUCUUAAUAUAUAAAUCCUGUUUUUGAGGAAAACGCUUUUGACUAUUGCAUGUUCUGAUUUGUUGAGAAAAAAAACAAAAAACCUUUGGGAAAGAAUCUCCUGGAUGUUUUAGAGAUUUUGAUAUUUACAUUUUCAGACGUUACAAUUUGUAGAUUGACUACCUAAUUGCUCUGGGCUCUGAUUAUUUGUAUCUGAUAAAAUCCUGAUCAAAUGACCUUAUUCUUUAUGGUCCAAUGCAAUAUGGGGUCAUCAGUUGCUGUACGAGGACCAGUCUCCUCUUUAUACAGUUUUAUAGAAAGAAACUCGAAGUAAAGGAGCUUUUUUCCACUUUUCCUUAUAGUACUCUGAACAUUCUAGGAACUCUGGUGAUAGUGAAACUCAUAUAUUUUACGUAGGAGUAGCUUUGGCCCUGAUUCGCUCUAAAGGACCGAUUAGAUUAGUUGCAUUUUCUUGGUCAACACUGAGGUGGUGAUCAUGCUCUUUACAGGACACAAUUCUUUCAAAAAUACAACCUAAACGUUCAAACUGUGACAGAACAUGAGGUUAUUUAAAUAAAAAUGCCUUGUUCUUCUUG